GUUGACUCCUUCGUUGUUCUGUAGUGUGACUGUUCGUACAGAAAUAAACGCACCGUGUGAAGCCGCUAAUUCGCUGAACUCGUCGACGGCGUCAUCUCUGGGGGCAUUUCCGUGACUACAGAGGGAAAACCCCAAAAACCAAAAAUGAAAUUGAGUCCGAGAGAAGUAGAGAAACUUAUGCUCAACAAUGCCGGGUUCCUUGCACAGAAGCGUCUUGCUCGGGGCUUAAGGCUCAACUACACUGAGGCUGUAGCACUCAUAGCAACACAGAUUUUGACAUUUGUUCGUGAUGGAGACCGGAGUGUGGCUGAACUAAUGAACACUGGGAAAUGUCUUUUAGGAAGGAGACAUGUUCUUCCAGCUGUUCCACACCUUUUGCAUAUGGUCCAGGUGGAGGGAACCUUUCCUGAUGGGACAAAGUUAAUCACCAUUCAUGAACCAAUUUCAUCUGAAGAUGUAAAUCUGGAGCAGGCUUUAGAUGGUUCUUUUCUUCCAAUUCCUUCGCCUGACAAGUUUCCCCCAAUAGAAGAUGGUGCAAUUCCUGGUGAAUUAAUAGUUGGAAGUGGAGAUAUAGUCCUAAAUCCUGGGAGGAAAGCAGUAAUCCUUAGAGUAAGGAGCACUAAAGACAGGCCAAUUCAGGUUGGCAGCCACUAUCACUUUAUUGAGGUGAACCCCUAUUUGGUUUUUGAACGGAGGAAGGCAUGUGGCAUGCGGCUGAACAUACCAGCAGGCACAGCUACAAGAUUUGAGCCAGGUGAAACAAAAAGUGUCAAGCUUGUCUUGAUUGGAGGCAAGAAAGUGAUAAGGGGAGGAAAUGGUAUUGUUGAUGGUCGUAUUGAUGAUGCCAAUAUCGAAGCAUUGAUGGAGGCUGUCUGCGCAAGAGGAUUUGGGCAUUCUGAAGAAACAGAUGCUAGAGAAGGUGUCAGUGGAGAAGAUCCUGAUUUCACGAAAACAAUUUCUCGUGAGGAAUAUGCAAACAAGUAUGGACCUACCACUGGUGACAAAAUUCGGCUUGGUGACACUGACCUGUUUGCAGAAAUUGAGAGAGAUUUUGCUGUAUAUGGUGAUGAAUGUGUAUUUGGAGGUGGAAAAGUUCUAAGGGAUGGAAUGGGGCAAGCCUGCGGCUACACAUUACAUGACUGUCUUGAUACUGUUAUUACAAAUGCUGUGAUAAUUGAUUAUACUGGGAUUUUCAAAGCAGAUAUUGGUAUUAAAAAUGGUCUUAUUUUUUCCCUUGGAAAAGCAGGCAACCCAGAUGUCAUGGAUGGAGUUUCUUCUAACAUGAUCAUUGGGGCUAACACCGAGGUUAUUGCUGGAGAGGGAAUGAUAGUAACUGCUGGGGCCAUAGACUGUCAUGUACACUUUAUAUGCCCUCAACAGGCAUAUGAAGCAAUAUCAAGUGGCAUUACAACAUUAAUUGGUGGUGGAACCGGGCCUGCUGCUGGGACAUGUGCGACUACUUGUACACCUGCACCAUCACAAAUUAAAUUUAUGCUGCAAGCUACUGAUGAUCUGCCAUUAAAUUUUGGUUUCACAGGAAAAGGGAGCACUGCAAAGCAAGAUGGGCUCCAUGAAAUAAUCCAGGCUGGAGCGAUGGGACUGAAGCUGCAUGAGGACUGGGGAAGUACUCCUGCGACGAUAGACAAUUGUUUGGCUGUUGCAGAAAAAUAUGACAUUCAGGUUAAUAUUCACACUGAUACGUUGAAUGAAUCUGGAUUUGUGGAGCAUACAAUUGCUUCAUUCAAAGAAAGAACAAUUCAUACUUACCACAGUGAAGGUGCAGGCGGUGGUCAUGCUCCAGAUAUCAUUAAAGUGUGUGGUGUAAAAAAUGUCCUGCCCUCAUCAACAAACCCAACACGGCCUUUAACUUGCAAUACUGUAGAUGAGCAUCUUGAUAUGCUGAUGGUCUGUCAUCACCUUGAUAGGGAGAUCCAGGAGGAUCUUGAUUUUGCUGAAUCUCGAAUACGGGAAGAAACAAUUGCUGCAGAGGACAUCUUGCAUGAUAUGGGGGCAAUUAGCAUUAUAUCUUCUGAUUCACAGGCAAUGGGUCGCAUUGGAGAGGUAAUAAGCAGAACUUGGCAAACUGCUCACAAAAUGAAGUUAGUGCGAGGACCCAUUGAUACCAGUGGAGCAGAAAAUGACAACUUCCGGAUCAAACGAUACAUUGCCAAGUACACCAUAAAUCCUGCAAUAGCAAAUGGAAUUUCUCAAUGUGUUGGAUCUAUUGAGGUGGAGAAGCUGGCUGAUCUUGUUUUGUGGAAGCCCUCUUUCUUUGGUGCAAAACCAGAGAUGGUGAUUAAAGGCGGUGAAAUCGCAUGGUCUAAUAUGGGUGAUCCGAAUGCAAGCAUUCCUACACCUGAGCCGGUGAUGAUGAGGCCUAUGUAUGGAGCAUUUGGCAAGGCUGCAUUAAGCGGUCAUUCCAUUGCUUUUGUCAGCAAGGCGGCCUUUCAUUCUGGAGUACGAGACCGGUAUGGACUCCACAAGAGGGUAGAACCUGUGGCCAAUGUGCGGAACCUUACCAAACUAGACAUGAAGCUGAACGACGCCCUUCCCAAUAUAACAGUGGAUCCUGAGGAGUACACCGUAAGAGCAGAUGGUGAGGUUCUUACUUGCCCUGCAGCUACCACGGUUCCCCUUUCUCGGAAUUAUUUCCUGUUUUAGGUGCAAUCUGCAACUUCUCUAGCUGCACUUACAUUGAAGCAAACACUGAUGCUUCCAAACGCACUUUAAAAAAUUUUGUUGUCAAAUAAGAUGCAUGUGCUGUAUGUUUUUCCUGUCUUAUCUGCGAGUUACAUGUUGAACCUAGCGAUGGCAAGCUGAAAAUAUGGAAAUCUGGGUAGCAAGUGAAAUAUUAGAAACCAAUAUUAAUCGAUUCUGCAAUGGGUAUUUGGUUAAUUUCCUUUUGCAAAA